AUGUCUAACUCUUUGGAAUCCUUGAAAGCCUCCGGCACCGUCAUCGUCACCGACACCGGUGAGUUCGACUCAAUUGCCAAGUACACUCCUCAAGACGCCACCACCAACCCUUCGUUGAUUUUGGCCGCCGCUAAGAAGCCAGAGUACUCCAAGGUCAUUGACGUGGCCAUCAAGUACGCCGAGGAGAAGGGCUCCAACCCUAAGGAGAAGGCCGUCAUUGCCUUGGACAGAUUGUUGGUUGAGUUCGGUAAGGAGAUCUUGGCCAUUGUGCCCGGCAGAGUCUCGACCGAGGUCGAUGCUAGAUUGUCUUUCGACAAGGAGGGCACCGUGCAAAAGGCUCUUGACAUCAUUGCCUUGUACGAGUCCAUUGGCAUCAACAAGGACAGAAUCUUGAUCAAGAUUGCUUCCACCUGGGAGGGUAUCCAGGCCGCUAAGGAGUUGGAGGAGAAGCACGGUAUCCACUGUAACUUGACCUUGUUGUUCUCUUUCGUUCAGGCCGUUGCCUGUGCUGAGGCCAAGGUCACUUUGAUCUCUCCUUUCGUCGGUAGAAUCUUGGACUGGUUCAAGGCUUCCACCGGUAAGGAGUACGACGCUGAGUCUGACCCAGGUGUUCUUUCUGUCAGAUCCAUCUUCAACUACUACAAGAAGUUCGGCUACAAGACCAUUGUCAUGGGUGCUUCUUUCAGAAACACCGGUGAGAUCAAGGCUUUGGCUGGUUGUGACUUCUUGACCGUCAGCCCUAAGUUGUUGGAGGAGUUGAUGAACUCUUCCGAGGAGGUUCCAAAGGUCUUGGACGCUGCUUCCGCUUCUUCUUCCGACGCCGAGAAGGUUUCUUACAUUGACAACGAGUCUGAGUUCAGAUUCUUGUUCAACGAGGAUGCUAUGGCCACCGAGAAGUUGGCUCAAGGUAUCCGUGGUUUCGCCAAGGACACUGACACUUUGUUGGCCGAGUUGGAGUCCAGAUUCUAA